AUGAUUGGUCCAGCUUCACGUUGUGAAUUCGAACUGCGAUACGGUGAUGGCACCACUGUAUCUGGGUAUUUGAGCACUGAAAAGAUCACCUUUGAGACUUCUGAUGAAGGAAUAACGUCGGUACCCAAUUUAGUUUUUGGUUAUGCAACUAACGUGGGGGGUAACUUGGGUGGCCAAACCAGCGGAGUACUUGGUCUUGGCGCAAAGAUGACAUCAUUGGUGAAUCAACAGGGUUCUAAAUUCUCCUACUGCUUUGGUUCUAUAUGGGAUCUUCAAUAUAGUCAUAAUCAAUUGAUUAUUGGAGAUGGAGCUGUAAUAGAAGGCCCUUCUACCCCAAUUACAAUUGUUGGUAGCUAUUAUUAUGUAACUUUAGAUAGCAUCAGAGUGGGUGAGAAAAAGCUAGAUAUUUCACCUCAAGUGUUUAAAGUGACUAAAGAGGGCACAGGUGGAAUCGUUAUUGAUUCAGGUGCAACACUUACUUCUCUACCAAAAGCUGCAUUUGAUCCAUUAAAAGAUGAAGUACUAAGCUUGAUGGAUGACUUGGUACAGUACGUCGGAACGCUCAGUUCAUGUCCUUGCUUCUGGGGGGUUAUUGAUCGUGACCUUGUUGGGUUUCCAGUGGUUACCUUUACCUUCGCAAAUGGGGUUGGCUUGGCUUUAGAUGUAAAGAGCUUUUUUACCCCUGCAGGUCCACACAAAUUUUGCAUGGCUGUGGCUCUGAGUACUGUCGCCAACUUGACAUUAAUUGGAGUAUUGGCUCAACAAAGUUAUAAUAUUGUGCCUAUGACCUUGCUAGGAAUAUAG